CCCAGCCUGAGUGAAUGAGGGAGGAGAGAGGAGCACACAGCUGGGGGCCUCUUCCCUGCCUCGAAGUCCUCAGUCACACCUGGCUACAGUCAGACUUACCUCAGCAUUUUUCUCCUCUCUUUCCAGGAGCUGCCUAUUGCCAGUUCAUGGACAUGCUCUUUCCAGGCUGCAUUAGUUUGAAGAAAGUAAAAUUUCAAGCAAAGUUGGAGCAUGAGUAUAUUCACAAUUUUAAACUUCUGCAAGCAUCAUUUAAGCGAAUGAAUGUUGAUAAGGUGAUCCCAGUGGAGAAGCUGGUGAAAGGGCGUUUCCAGGACAACCUGGAUUUCAUUCAGUGGUUUAAGAAAUUCUAUGAUGCUAACUACGAUGGGAAGGAAUAUGACCCUGUGGAAGCACGGCAAGGGCAAGAUGCAAUUCCUCCCCCCGACCCAGGCGAACAGAUCUUCAACCUGCCGAAAAAGUCUCACCAUGCAAACUCCCCCACCGCAGUUCUAACAAUUGCUGUGAAGAAGGUGUUACAUUGA